AUGCGACUGCUUUGCUCUCUCGUGGCAAUUCUCCUAAUCGGACACUUUGUCGAAGCGUUCAAAAUCCGAAAUGCACUCAAAACAGUUGUGAAACGAUUCGGACUCGAGAUGAAGACUAUCGAGCUGUUCGACGGUACUUACUGGAUUACCAGAGGAGAAAAAGUAGAUCCUAUUUCCAGAAAUGAACCUCAGAGAACCGUUCGACUCGGCGACGGACGAGCAGGUGGCCGAGAUCAAGAAGGACCAUGCGAUUCUGGUGACCACGUGGCUUCGCGGACAGGCCUCUUCGCAGAAUGACAAUUGGAAGGUUUUCUCGGAUCAGUUCGUCGCCGUUCUGGAUAAAGACGUCACCGUCGACAUUUGUGGAGUCACGCCGUUUGGCUAUGGCAAGUACUUUGGCGGGGAACAGUGUCUUAUCGUUUAACACUUUUUCGAAUUUCUUCCACACAUACCACGCUCCUUUUUUCAGUUCAAUUCGUGAGCUACCUCGACCGGGACCGUCAAAAAUGGAAGAAGAACCUGGUGAAGGACGAUUCGAUGUACGAGAUUCUGCCGAGCAAAGGACGGGAGGAGAUCAAAAUGCGAACCUCUUUCAAACAGGAGUCCUACUUUGGCUACUUCUCCACCCAAAUCUACGAGAUCACCUUGCAUUUGACAUUUCCGAAAAUUGGCGGAAACGUUCUCUUCACCAUCUCGGAGAUCUCCGUGAAGGGCGGCUGCACAGAGUUCGGACAAAUGAACGUAACGAACUCGCACUCGACGGACGAGGAACUCUGGAACGCCGAGGACAUUGACAAGUUCCUGAUGCUGUUCACGCCGCGGCCGUUCCGCGGAGAACUCAAAAACCCGGAACGACUUCCCGUCUUCUGGUUGGGCGGACUCGAGAAGAACGAGUACUUGACGGCGACGGUGUGCAAUCGGGAGACGUCCGAGUCGCGAAAGUACACGGAUGUGCAGUUCCGACGGUGGUACGAACUGUUUGGCAGAAUGUGGCAUCCCAAGGAAAAUAAUGUGAGUUUUCGGCAUUUAAGUCAUCAAGUUGCAAUCGAAAUGGCUCAUGUUUUUCAGACGGAUUUCGUGAAAAUUCAAGAGAUUAAACGGAACGAAGUGCAAAUAAUGGCGCGAAUCACGUAUCGAUUGGUUAUAGGAUUGGACUGGGACGGGAAGGCGACGGAAACCGACUGGAACUUUCGGAUUACCGCCGAUUUUGUGAGUAUUUGACUGAUUUCCGGGCCUUUGACAAUUGCCGAUUUGCAGAGCAAGCACGGCGGCCGGGAGUGGCUCAUCUCGAUGAUUGACGUGCCGUGCCCGCCGAGACUGAACAUGCUCGAGGCGAGCUACGAAGCCUACCGAAACAUCACCGGACUCACUCUUGUCUCGAUGAUUCCGUUCACGAAACGCGUCUAUCAGGACUUGGGAUUCCUCAAGUAUCUCGUUCAGAACCACUCGAAGAUUGAAAUUUACAACUGCGGAGGCGAGCACAUGGAGACGCUGGACGAGGUGGAGAAGAAGUUCUGGACGGGCAACUACAGUGCCACCUUCCUGGAGCGCGUCGCCAUCGACACGUCGGAGAAGGAUUUGGCGAAGGAGGACACGUACUUUACAAUGAUUGUCAGUCUGGGCACUUAUGAGAAGUUCAACACGAGCGAGGAGUCGCACGGAGACAGGAUCACUCGUUUGGAAGCCACGUGGCACUUUUACAUUCAAUGGGUCAGUUGAAACGUGAGCUUUGUAGGACUGAUUGAGAGUUUUAGGACGAAGUGGAUCAAUUCUAUUACAUUAAGAAGAUUGAGUUUGGAUGUCCGAAGCAGGUGCAAGUUCUGCGCGAGUUCCCGUGGCCGUACCGAGUCGGCACUUUCUUUGAGACGUGGAAGAUGAUCAACUUUUACGGACGACGUUUCCCUCCUCCUAAUGUGAAUUCUGGAUCUUCGUGA